AGGGGAAGCGAGCCGUGCGGGACAAAUUAUACGAACGCUGGGCACUGGGCACCAAGUGGCACCAUGGAACAACUCAUGGAAGUGACAUAGCUCACUGGAUUUGUUACAUUUGUUGGUAGUGUUCAAAAUGGUUCUUGGUUGGUGGGGUAUCUGACAGAAAGGAUUUUGUGAUUACUUGUAGGACAGGAUAUAUUAAAAUGACUGCGUUAGUACAAGAAGAUAACGAAUUGAAGAGGUUACUGGGUAAUCCGGCGAAAAAUGCUGGUGAGAUUGGCUCCAUGGGUCCGCCACAGACGACAAACAUCCCGCGACCGAGUAUAUCGCAAAAUGUUAAUCCACAGUCAAUGCUAGCACCGAUGACCCCGGUUAACAGUACAAAAGAAGUUAUAGAACCAUGUUUACAGAAUGUUGUUUCAACUGUUAAUUUAGGUGUAGAAUUACCUUUGAUGCAGAUUAAUACAAAAACAAGAAAUUCUGAAUAUAAUCCUGCAAGAUUUACUGGUCUGAUUAUGAGAAUCAGAAAUCCUAGAGCCACUGCAUUGAUUUUCCGCUCAGGGAAGGUGGUUUGUACUGGUGCAAGGUGCGAGGAAGAUUCAUAUUUAGCAACGAGAAAGUUUGCACGAAUAAUUCAGAAACUCGGAUUUCCAGCUAGAUUUUAUAAUUUUAAAGUACAAAACAUAGUUGCCACGUGUGACCUGAAGUUUCCAAUUAAAUUGGAAAACUUGAAUCAUAUUCAUGGGCAAUUCUCUAGUUAUGAACCUGAACUCUACCCAGGUCUUAUAUACAGAAUGGUGUCACCAAGAGUAGUAUUACUCAUAUUCGUAAAUGGAAAGAUCGUGUUAACAGGAGCAAAAAAUCGAACUGAACUUCAAGAUGCAUUGAACAAUAUAUAUCCAAUCCUGAAAAGUUUUAAAAAACAAUGAAAGUACUUUUUUUACUAUAACGUACGAUUUAUACAAAAGCAGAUGAAGUCAUCAACGAUUGCCUUGGUAUAAUUUAUCAAGUAGUUAGCGAAUAUUAUUUAUUAAUAAAAAUGAAUUUUGUAUAAUAAUUCAUCUUAUGUCUGACGAUUACAAUAAGAUUUGUACACAAAUAAUCCAUUAUAUUAAGGGGAAGAGGAACUUGAAUUAGAAUUUCAUGUUUCAUCACACCUUUAGAGGAAAGUCUUACAUUCUGGCACACCCUGUAGUAUUUCAGACUCAAACUUGCCUUCGGGAUGCCCUGGCGUCCUUCGACAAACAGAUUUUAUACCUAACGAAAUAAAUACGAUGUAUCGUUUUAAAACAUGUAUAUAUAUAUUUCUGCACAAUAAAAU